UAAUGACUCAUGAAAUUAUCAUGACUGUAACUGAUGGACAUCCACCUACAAUUCAGCACAGAACCUUUGUAAUUGUGGUGGAUUGCAAUGAUAAUGCACCUAUAUUUUACAAUACCCCGUACGAAGCCAAAGUCCUUGAGAAUGAGACACUGGGAUUUGUAAUCAUCCAGGUUACUGCAGAAGAUUAUGACGCAAACAGAUUGACACAGGUCACCAUCACAAUUGAGGAGGUCAUACCAAGUAAUACGGAAUCUGACCUCUUCUACAUCCAACCCUAUGGCCUUCCAACAAUUGGUAACAUUACACUUAAUGGUACGUUGAACUACAACAGCAAGAGCUCCUUCUACCAAUUAAAGCUAAAUGCAACGGAUGAAGGACAGUUCGAAUUUAUACAGCACACUACAGCUUAUGUGCUUUUGUAUGUCAUUGAUGUGCCAGACAUGGAUCCACAAUUCAUAGGUGCUCCUUAUGUGGCCUCUAUUGAUGAAAAUAGCCCGCUAGGUCUACUUGUUUUGAAAGUUGUGGCCAUUGACCCAGACAGAGGAAUCAAUGAUGACAUUUCAUAUUCAAUUAAAGGUUCUUCCGUGUCUGGUUUACCUCUAUUUAACAUAAGUGAGACUGGAGAAAUAAGUGUAGCUGGAGACAUAGACCGUGAGGCUCUGUUGGAUAAUGAUGAGCAGGUUAUACUGGAAGUAGUGGCCAGAGAAUCUAUGUUAAAUGUGUAUGGACAGAUUGCAGAAUCCACCACAUAUGUUACAAUCCGUAUUCUAGAUGUCAAUGACAACAAACCCCAGUUUUACGAUUGUGAUGUGACUGAGUGUAAUUUUACCGCAAACCCUGUGGAAAACUUCUAUGGAGAGAUAGAGGAACACUCCUCUAUCCGAGUUCCAGUAGCAAAUCUCACCAUCACUGCGAAUGAUCCUGACAAGGGCCAAAAUGGUACAUUCAACCUGUACCUGAGGGGGAACGAUGCUGACUGCUUUACAGUAUCCCCACAACGAAUCGUAAAUACUGGUCAGGUGCAGAUCUUGGUCAAGGACCCUGUGGCUAUAGACUAUGAGAUAGUCCACGUCAUGCAUGUGGAGGUUGUGGCCAAUGACACUGGCUAUCUGCAAGACUGCUGCUCUUUUGCCUCUGUGACCAUCCACCUAAUAGACAUAAAUGACCACACACCUGAGUUUCUUCAUCCAACAUAUGUACUUGAGGUUGAGGAGCACUGUCCUAAUGGCACCAUCCUUGGAACUAUUACAGCUACUGACCCAGACUCCGGAGAUUAUGGAAGAAUUACCUAUUCUUUAUUGCCACAAACCAUACUAGACUCUUUUCAAGUGAAUGCUUCUAGUGGAGAAAUCACAGUGGUCAAUGGGGAGAUACUUGAUCGAGAACGCCGAUCUUUGUAUUAUGCAACUCUGCGAGCACAGGAUGGAAUGAAUGCCACUGGGACCACUCUUCUUGAGAUCAUUUUAUUGGACAUCAAUGAUUGGCCUCCAGAGGCAAUAGGGACAUAUAAUAUACUUGUCAGUGAGAACAUUGAUCUUGUCUACAUUCCAAUUCAGGCUAUUGACAAUGAUGAACCAGGCACUAAUAACAGUAAGAUUGAGUUUGUUUUUCUACCAAGUGCUUUCAAUGGGAAUUUCAGUAUUGAUGUCAGUACAGGAGUUAUCACAAGCCCGGGCACCUUGGAUCGAGAAGCUAUUGAUAUAGAACUGAAUGGGCGCAUUGAGUUGACUGUGAAGUUAUAUGACUUGGGAGUCCCUUCUCUAUCGUCUACAGUUCCUGUGACCAUCAAUGUUGAGGAUUUAAAUGAUAAUGAACCAAUUUUUACUGAAAUCGAGUACAAAUUUUUUGUUAAUGAAAGUGAAAAAGGGGCCUAUGUUGGGAGUCUUAAUGUCAGUGAUCAUGACCAGACUGAAAUAAACAAUCGUGUUAGCUUCCGUAUUUCACAAGGUGGAUCUGGGAAUUUUAUCAUACGUGGAAGGAAAGAGGCCUUAGGCCAAUACCUUGGUGAACUGUCUUUAGAUCCUGAAGUAGAGCUGGAUUAUGAACUUCUGACAAGUUAUACUCUGAUCGUAGAAGCUCAAGACAAUGGGAUCCUGGGAGUUAGUAACACUGCAUAUGCAACUGCCUUUGUACAAGUGCUAGAUAUUAAUGAUGAGCCACCAUCUAUACUGCCUUCGUCUCUGGCAGACCUCCAUGUCUUUGAGAAUACCACAAGUGGACCACAAAAGAUUGCAACACUAAUAGCAACUGACCCUGAUACCAUUCAUUUGCUGGAAUUCCAACAACUGUCCAUGCAGUGCUUCAAGAAUAGGGAGGAUGCGGGCAGCAUUUGCUAUGAGUGGCUGUGGCUGGCACCUGAUGGACAGUUAUUUGUGAAUCAAACUGAAGAAGUGGAUUAUGAGAUUUGCGAUCUGAUGGUGAUGUUACUACGUGUAGAGGACAAGCUGACAGUUCUUGGGGACAGAUACAGCAAGAAUGAGUCCCUGCGUGUGGUGAUAAUGGAUAUCAAUGACAAUGCUCCGGAAUUCUUAGAGAUGACCAAUGCUUUUGUGGUUAUACCGGAAACUGCUGUUUUUAAUACUGAAGUCGCCUCUGUGAAGGCCCAAGAUAAAGACAGUGGAGAUAAUGCCGUUCUAUCCUUCUCAAUCGACAGAGUGGAAUUCGUUUCCAAUGGGCAAACACAGCAACUGGGAAACAUUUUCGGCAUUACCACUGUCCCUGAAAAUAACAUCUACACAGGUUCCAUCAGAGUUGCCAGUAAUCUGGAUAGGACAUUUAAGGGACAUUACAAAGUUUAUGUAUUGGUAGCAGAUAAGGGAAUCCCAUCACUCAAUGCUACCACAUCUGUAAAGAUAUUUACAAUAGAUGAGUCUUACCGGGUAGCAUUGUAUUUCACAAAGUCUGUUGAUGAACUGACGAAAAUGAAGGCUGCAAUCGUUGGGCAACUGGUAAUCGCAACCGGUGCAUCUGUGUUUGUGGCUGGGAUUGAAGCUGAGGGAUCCACCAAAUAUAUGAGUCCUCGAGCUAAUGAGCGAAGUACAAUGUCUGUCUACUGUACAUACACUAAUGGGACAGCCAUAACACCAGAAGAACUGAACAGGAUUAUUCAGAGUAAUGAAGACGUUCUGGGUAAUCUUCUAAGACUUGGCCUCUAUGUCAUUGCAAACCCAAAUGGGCCUGGACUAAAUAGCCCAAAUGAAGAUCUCUAUGGAAUUAUUGCAGGCCUGGCAGGAGCCCUGCUUCUCUUCAUCAUCAUUAUGAUUGUCUCCCUGUUCUGCAUGAAGAAAAGUCACCAAAGGAAGUUACGGGCUGUCAAAGCUUCAAAGGUUGCAAAAUCAUUGCCAGGAGAGGUGCACGGAGUAGAAGCCAUACCAGGGACAAAUAGGUUUAACUCAGAUGGAGCAAACCCUAUGCUGAAUGUGGAUCUGGGCUUUGAUGAGAUAAGUUCUAGCGGUGAUUCUGCAAGCUUAAACUAUUAUGAAAAUAUACUUGUCAGGACGGAUCCUGACACUUCCAUUGACCAGAAAACCGCAACAUCACCUUCUAAAGAUGGCAAACCUGUGGAAGAACUACUGGCAGCAGCUCUUAAUGACAGGCAAAAGGUGUCCUUCAGUAAUACAGCUCUGGACACUACUGACCUAUGACACCUCCGUCCAGGGCACUAACAGACCUUACAAUGACAAUAACUGUCCACUUACAUUUAUAUGGCUGAUUUUGACUGUGAUACAUGUAAUACAUGAUUUUGCAAUGUGCUUUAAU